AUGGCGACACCGUCGUCUAAAGAAAGGGAGCUCCAGCUGCUAGAUAGUGUGGAGCUCAAGAUCCUCAACGUUGCCAAUAAGGAAAAGAAGCUACAUGAGUUGCUACAACGAUACCUUCCACCAGUCCUUGUCAAGGCUGCUAGCGAACAUGCUCAAGUCAGAGCUAAAGUGGUACAGAUCUUCUCCAGGCUAAAGACGUUUAUUCAACCGCCAGAGGUAAUUCUACCGGUGGGCGCCCUUCUUGACCAGUACAAGUCAAAUGACUCCCCACUAGUCAAACAGCUUGACAUCUCAGGAAUACAGCACAGUAUAGAGCGCCUGGAUGAUUACGAGAGAAGAGAGCUUAUUCCCAAGGCUUUGGCUGGAUUCUCCAAGGAUGAAGGCGUUGCACGAUCUGGAGCUUUCUUCAACAUCAUUCUUCGUCUUCUCCUUGAUGCCCGUAUACCCCCAAGGGGUAGUAAAGAUGACACCGACUACCGACAGGCAAUUGGACUGUCGGACGAGGCAGAUGCGAAAUAUCUUGCCAACCUUAUCAGCAUCUUCUUACGACUACGGAAUCCUACACAAACCCAGAACUGGUCCACUGCAAACCCGACCCUAAACAAAUCCGAGCUUGAGUCUCUUGCUGUGGAGAGCCCAGAGUCUCAAAAAGUUUUUGAGAGAAUGGCGGAGCUAAAGCUCAAGCUCGUUGCGUUACUCGCAAGUGGUGCUUUCACCGACGAAGAAAAAUUCCUGCCUGCGCUUUAUGCCGCCUCAAGUUUUGACAACAGGCUAGUGUCGGCGGCCGAGGAAGUCUUGAAGAGAAGUUCCGUUUCUAUGGAGGACAAACCUCUUGUCAAGCGUCUGUUUCAUGCACACUCGAUACUACCACCUACCUACCGAACUCGUAUCCUCAACAUGCUUUCUAAAUCUACAAUCUCAGCAACCAUGUCCGACGACAUCAUGGCCGUCGUCAAGCUCAACUUUGCAAACAAUGGCCAAUCAACAGAUGCUUUGUCGUUAAGCUUACUGCCAAAAAGUGCACUGGAACAAACCAAACUACACACUGCCGCGUUCCAAUACCUUGCGUGGGUAGCCCGCGUUGGACCUACGCAAGAAAGCUUCGAUAUUGCCGUUCCUCUCAUUGACACAAUGAGUGGUUUUAUCGAGAACCAUGGCUGGCCUACUCCUGUAAGGACAUCGCAAGACGAUAUUGCGCUUCGAUCUAAAGCGUACGAGACCAUUGGAGUGUUAGCAAGGAGUGCCAAGAUGCCCAUCGAAAGGCGGCUGCAACUCGCUGGCUGGCUUUUCAAGUCGUUGUCCGAAGAUCCUACCAAUGACGCUGUUGUCAAUAUCGACGGUGCCCUUUCCAGCUUAACGACUAACAUUCCAGCCACUGCAGGUAGCGAAUCUGAAGAAUUAAAGACAAUGUUACUUACAUACAUGUCGCUUCCCGACGAGCCCCCUGUCAUCAGGAGUACUCGUCAUGCCGUGGUUAAAUGGGCGAAUCAGUGCCUUACCUUUUCCGACGUGCUUGGCCGCUGGAUCGACAUCUUGGCAAUUGGAGCUCAUCAAGACGAGAGGAGCGAUGUUGUUGAACAGGGCCACAAAGGUCUUGAUCCCUGGACUUAUCAUGCACAUGCCGAGGCCGACCCUGCUCUGCCAGACUGGAAGGAAAUGGUAGCCACCUUUUUUGGCUCUAAAAUUAAGCCAGAAACUCACACAGAAACAGCAGCUCUACCUGGUCUGGAGAAUGCUAAUUCUGUUUUUGAGAACUUUGAAGGAUCUCGAGUGGCCGCUUUCCCCGUUGCGCUGCGCUACUGCAAGCACAUAAUGUUCCUUACAGCCCUCAAGGACUUUGAAGUGCAGCCUGACUGGAUGCAGACACUUGACGCCAGAGUAAAGACGGAUAUAAAGACCCGAGAAAAGAUUCUCGGAUACUUACACACCGUUGACAGCGCUUUUGUGGUCUUUUAUCUGAAGGCUUGCCUUGAUGGUGCUUACAUCAAAGAUUCACCAAUCACGGAGGAAUGUCUUCGUUGCUUUGUUGACGUGGCCUCCCUGAGCCCUGGUGGUGCACUGGGAUACUUGACCGCGUUUAGUGAUGGCCUCUUCCAGUUGAUCAAGUCAAACAACAAGGAGAUCCGAUCCUUAACAGCACGGGCUCUGGGAAUACUCGUGUCUCACCUAGCAAAUGACCCCACUGUGAUAAACAACUGUCGUCAAACUUUGAGUGCGCUCUUCGAGAAUGCCGAAAAGCUAGCUGGACCUGAGCUCAACGCAGCAGAGGGAGGGCUGCUGGCAUACAGCUAUGUGUGCUCGCGCAGUGUCUACUAUGGCCAACCUGUGCCUGAAGACAUCAAAUAUCCUCUCCAUCUUCUUACAGGAGAGAAUGUUGCCUCCUCUCUUUACGAUACUGCUUUGGAGGCCUUCGCCCAGCUGUGGACCGCAGGUCUUGCUAUUCCACAGCGUGAAGGAGAUCAUCCUCUUGAGACAGUUGUCAGUAAGCUUGUCACACCUGCAAAGAAGGGUAAUGAGAAGGCGAUUCUCGCUCUUGGAAGAUUGGCAACGGGACUGGAUCAGAAUGAGGAAACUGCUGAGGAUGGUUGGUCCCAUGGAAUUGUUGGCAACAUCCUCAAAGAGCUAUUCGCUUUGCACGAGAUCAAGCAAGUCGAGGUUCAGUUUACUGUCGGAGAUGCAAUCACUGCAACUCUAGCACGAUGGGAGUCCGACUAUGUUAAGCUGACUCUUGAUGUUGAACCUCGCAGCUGUCUUCAAAAGCGCAACGGCUCACGUGGUCCACUUCUCACUGCUGUUCUCAACAAGAUUUUCGCAGACUGCAAAGCUACGAAGCCAUCCUUACUCAAAGCGUCUGGCAUCUGGCUAUUCUGCAUUGUUCAGUACUGUUCUCACUUGGAAGAAGUGCAGUCAAGGCUACGCGAGACUCAAGCUUCCUUCAUGAGGCUUCUCAGCGCACGCGACGAGCUCGUACAAGAGACUGCUUCCCGUGGUUUGUCCUUGGUCUACGAACGUGGCGAUGCAGAUCUCAAGAGUGCUCUUGUCAAGGAUCUUGUGUCUGCAUUCACAGGCACAGGCACCCAGCUCAAGGUCGACCAAGAGACAGAAUUGUUCGAGCCUGGUGCACUACCAACUGGCGAGGGCAGCUCCAUCACUUCUUACAAGGACAUUGUCAACCUUGCUAAUGAAGUUGGCGACCAGAGACUUGUGUACAAGUUCAUGUCACUUGCCGCAAAUGCUGCAACUUGGUCAACCCGUUCUGCGUUUGGUCGUUUCGGACUCAGCAAUAUUCUAUCGGAAUCAGAAGUUGACCCGAAGCUGUACCCCAAGCUGUACCGUUACCGUUUCGACCCUAAUCAAAAUGUCCAAAAGUCGAUGGACGAUAUUUGGAAGGCACUUGUCAAAGAUGCAGGCGCAGUUCUUAGUACGCACUUUGACGAUAUUCUGGAAGAUCUGCUUAAGAGUAUUCUGGGACGCGAAUGGCGCAUGCGAGAAGCAAGCUGUGCAGCCAUCUCUGAACUAAUCCAAGGCCAGCCUUUUAUCAAGUACGAGAAGCGAUACCGAGAUAUCUGGACGUCAGCCUUGAAGGUGCUUGACGAUGUCAAAGGCUCUGUUCGAGAGGCUGCAUUCAAAUUAUGCCGAACUCUGUCCAACACACUUGUGCGUCAACUUGAAGAGGGGACCAACGGAUCCUCUGCUCAAUCCAUGAUGAAGGAGGCUCUUCCAUUCCUUCUUUCUGACAAAGGUAUCGAAAGCUCAGUCAAAGAAGUUCAAGCUUUUGCAGCUAUUACUGUGAUCGAGCUCACCAAAAAGGGUGGCAAGGCUCUCCGACCUUUUAUCCCAGACAUGGUACCUCAGCUGCUUGGCUUGUUGAGUUCCAUCGAACCCGAGCAGAUCAAUUGGCAUUACCAGCGGGCUGGAGAAGACAGUCGAGACCAGAUCGACAAGAUCCGGUCGCAAAUGGUGAACCGUUCUCCAAUUUCUGAGGCUAUUGAGAACUCACUUCGCUUUAUCGAUGCGGGUGUCAUGGCGGAACUGGCACCCAGAUUGGAGGCUACUAUCAAGACUGCGAUCGGCAUGCCAACCAAGAUCGGGUGUAGCAGAGUUCUGACAACACUAUUCACACGCCACACAAACGAUGUCAAAGGAGUCGGCAACAAAUUCUUACAGAUUAUGGAGAAGCAGACCAUGGACAAGAACGACGAAGUCAGCCAGGCAUACGCUCGUGCUACUGCAUACAUGCUGAGAGCCGCAUCAGACUCGGCCAAGAAUCGAUUCUGCAAAAAGUUUAUUGACAUGUACUUUGAAGUAGAAGAAGAGUCACGUCGUCAAAAGACUGCAGACGUGAUAGUAGCGUUGGCCAAGGUUUCUCCUGAUCAUUUCACUGCACUCGAAACUCAGCUGCUUCCUUUCGCUUAUCUGGGCUCUCACGAUACCGAUGAGUACACUAGCAAGGUGUUCAAGGAAGUAUGGGAACAGCACGCUGGAAGUAGCCGUACUGUUGUGCGCUACGUUCCAGAGAUUGUGUCCUUGGUGGAAAGAUGCUUGGAUACCGCACAAUGGGCUCUUCGACAUGGCGGUGCAUUCACAGUAGCUGCCAUGGUUUCUGAUGUCGCAAGUGCAAGCGACGCCAGCGGUCAAAUCAGCGAUGCGAAUUUGACCAAAAUUUGGCCCGUAUUUGAGAAAACACUGGCUUUGAAGACUUUCGAUGGAAAAGAAAAGCUCCUCGACUCUUAUCCUCAAUUCGUCGAGAAGGGUCGCAGCCUGUGGACAACAGACACAAAGAUCGCCGCUCAAAUGGAAAAGAUUGCUCUCCGAGAGGCGAAGCGCAACAACGACGAGUAUCGUGUUCAUGCAUUCAGUAGUCUGUGGAAAUUCGCCAAGGCUCGCGAUGAUCUCGACAUGCUCGAAAAGAUUACAGAAGUUGUUACACCCUAUCUUGAUGAACUCAAGGGUGAGGAUGAGAACGAGGACAAGAUGGACAUUGACUCCAAAGAUCAGGUCAAAAAGGAGCAAGUCGCCGAAAAGACUGCAUCCAAUGGAUUCGAAGCUAUUGCUCGAGGAUAUAACCGUACAGCUAUCAAGCAGGACUCCCUCCCAAUCCUGGUGAAGAUCAUCAACAUCCUCAAACCUUAUCUCGAAAGCCCCAACUUUGCUCCAAUCAAGCGUCACGUUUGGUACGAAUGCGUUCGCGAUCUCAUGGACGAUGCAGUGUGUCCAUCAAAGAAGCAAAACGACGACGAAGCCGUAGCGUUGACCUACCUCUUGAGUCUUGAUAUUGACUUGAUUGAUACUGGCACUGAACCACAAAGGGUCAUGAGAGCAAAGGCAGUAGGUGCGCUAUUCAAGGCAAAGGCAAGAGGAGUCUUUGGUCAGAGUGGUCCUGACGGAUCUCAGCUGAAGACUAUGGUGAGCAAGGCAUUGGAAGCUGAGAGGUCAUUGGAGGUGCAGAGAGUGUUGAGGGAUAUCCUUAUUGAAAUGGAAUGA